AUGCCCUGGCGACCCAACGUAUUCAAGUCGAAGAAGGACAAGAAGAGCGGCGGCGAGUCGUCCGCGGGCGACCGCCGUCCUGGCACUCGCGGCGGUGAACCUGGCUUUAGCCACAAAGCCGAGGCGACGGGCUACUGCCCCCAGUCAAAUCUCGACGUCCACCCUGGGACGCGGGUCUGGCUCCCUGAGGAGAUCGAGGAGCGCAACCACCCCGGAAGGCGUCUUAUCAUCCCUGAGAGUCCCGCGGACGAAGAGCCGUCGCAGCAGCAAAUGGACCGGUAA